AUGAUAAAUUCUGUUAAAAUAACAAAAAUCAUAUUCCUGCUGAGCUUAGUAUAAAUUUUAGGGACAUCAUCUAAACGCGAGCUCGAAAUGGUACAAGUUUUAUUUAGACAUGGUGCUAGAUACACCAUGCAUGGUAAUCUACUAAAUUAAGAUCCAGAAUAAGAAAUGCUCAUGGAUAAUAAGGGCUAAUUAACAGAAGUUGGAAUGAGGCAAUUGUAUUUAUUAGGUAAAAAAAUUAGAAAAAAUUAUAUUAUUGAUCAAAACUUAAUACACCAAUAAUACAAUAAGUAACAAAUUCAUGUGUAAUCGUCAAAUGUUAAUAGAACUCUUUAGUCUGCCCAAAGCUUUAUGCUUGGUUUAUAUCCUAUUGGAACUGGUUUUUAAAUUCCUACUGGAGUCAAAAGCGAAUUAUUGAGUCCACCUUCAUUUACUUCAUCAGAAUCUGACAAAGAAUUAUUGAAUGAGAGUUUUAUUAAUAAUUAAGCUUUACCAAGCGGCUUUUAUCCUUAUCCCAUUCAUAGUUUGGGGAACCAUGAUCAUAUUUUGAACCCUCCUUGCCCUGCUGAAGAUGAAAUUGAAGAAAAAUAAUAUCAAAAAUCAGAAAAAUUGAUUUAAGAAGAAAUUAACAAAUACACCUAAGAAAUUCAUACCAUCACAAAAAAACUAAAUAUUAAAGGAAAUUUUGUAGCUAAAAAUAUAACUAAAAUUCAAGAUAUUAUUAAUACAUAGAAAUAUAGAGGUAUUGAUUAUGGAAUAACUGAAGAUGAAUAUUAGUUAGUCAUGUAUUUAAAAGCUUAUGUCAAGAUUUUAUAGUAAUUUACAUUUGAUUACAGCAGAUUGAUUUCGGCACCUCUUUUUAACUUUAUAUUUGGUCAUUUUGACAACAAGAUAAAUGACGAAACUAGCUUGAAAAUGAUAAUAGAAAGUACACAUGAUAGCUAAAUAAUGCCAAUGCUAGUAAUGCUUUAAUUAAUUAAUGCUGAGUGCUUAAAGGCAGACUAUGACAAUGAAACAAACUAUUGUUAGAAAUUCCCUCCUUUUGCUUCAAAUUUUAUUUUUGAACUUUACAGUGUAAGUAAAGAUGAAUAUGAAAUUUAAAUUAAGUAUAAUGGAAAUUAUAUAAAAGUCUGUGGAGAUAAAAUAUUUUGUAAUUACAAAGAAUUUAAGAAUUAAAUAUUAAAAAAGAUAGUAAGUAUGGAAGACUAUCCAAAUUAAUGUGGAUUAACAGCAGAAAGCAACUUUGGAAAAUAAGAUAAAAAGAGUUAUAUUCCUGUAUGGAUAGUUGUAUUCAUCGUGAUUUUGAUUUUAGUAAUCAUUGGUUUAGUUAUUUACAUCAAAAAGAUUUAAAAUGAUUUUAACAUUCAUUAUGACAGAUUUAAAAAUGUUGUCAGUAUCUGA